AAAUUUAUCAGACGCAACAAAAAUGCAAUUUUCACAGUAUAUAGAAAGUACUUUUUGAGAGGGAAAGUACUUUUUACAAUCAUAACGUUCACGUGAAACAGAACACUUUCUCAAGCGCGAAAACAGAGAGAAAAUGGAGGACAUCACAAGUGAAAGAGAAAUAGUUGAAGCUCUCAAGCCUAAAGUCGCAAUGCAAUGUGCUAAAUCUGCAAUUCUCAUCUCAUCGCUGAAAAAUACUACUCUAGAUUAUGCGAAUCUUAACCAAAACAAGAAUGAGAAGAAUUUGAAAGAGGUGGUGGAAUUGAAGAUGGAGAUAGUGAAGGAGAAAUUGAAGAACAAGAAGCUCAAACUCUGCAGCGUUACGGAAUUAUUGGUUCAAGUUACCGUUUUACUCUCCGUUUGGACCCUGCUGCUGUUGCUGGCGUUGAAUUGAUCCCAGUACUUCUGUUCGAUUCAUUUUGCUGCUCUAUUCAAUAGUUCCGUGUUGACUGUUCACAUUUUGUUCUUCAUUGAAGUAAACUUGUUUGCUAGUGUUAAAUUCUAGAAGUAUCUGAUAUCAACCUUUUGAUGCUGCAGUACUUGGGAACUCAGAUUUGAUCGACUUCGAUGCAUAUCUAUCAGACCAUGGCUUCAUGUACCAAAUAUUUCAAUAUUGUUGCAUCCAGUAUUUUCGUUUUGUUCUAACAGUAUCAUGAAGAUGUACUGCAGAUUUUUGAAAGUAUUGCAUGAUUUUAUGGUUAAUUAGGUGGUGUUCUGAUUGUGGAUAGUAAUUGUUUGGAAUCUUCUGAAUGUUCAAAUCUUCGUCAUCUGGCAUGAAAAUCAUUUCCUUUCGCAGUGGAACAUAUUUCUGAUUUGUUAGACUGCAUCGUGGAUAAUGCAAUGCUUCUGUAUUUUUAUUUUCUAGUGUUAUAGGUGUAAAUGUUGCAGCAGCAGAUUGCGUUGGCUUUACUUUUUCUAUUUCCAGUUUGCUCGGGCAAGUAAUCUGUGUUUUCUAGAAUUUCUCAUAUUCUAUUUACUUCCAAUUGAAUGCUUGAAUAGAUUUCGAUUCUAGAAAGAGAUUCACCAGUAAAAAUAGGUGGAGAAACUUUAUCUUUUUUAACUUUAAAAUAGGUGGAAGUAGCCAUUAAAAGACGAUCUACAUCACACCCCUAUGGUGCGGCCCUUCUCUAGACCCUGCUAAUGCGGGAUGCUUUGUGCAAGACCUCUUGUUGCAAUCUAAUAUAUUCUUUUCCCUCAAGGAUUGGUAAGUUAGUGACCAUGGGGUAAAAGAUGGUUAUUCUUUUUUCAUUUUUGGGAUAAGUAUUGCUAGUAAAGUUGCAAUCUCUUUUUGGGGGAUUUGGAGGGGCAUCUAAUUCCAACUGCUGUGGAUUACAGUAAUUGUGUAUGUUGGCUUAACUUUUGUGGCCUUAUUUUAAUGGAAUGAAAAGACACCUAGAUCAAUGUUAUGAGUCACUUUUUAACACUAGGAUAUGGAAAUGAAAGUGAUAAUUAAGGACAAUGAUGAUAUGAAGUGUCCAUGAAAACAGUAGUAGUAGAUUAAUAGGUGGAACUGACAUAUGCUUAGAUGUGGAAACUUGAACAACCAAAAAGUUUGUCUCCUAGUCUUAUUCAACAGCUGAUAAUUAAAGGUAGGUUUGGGUUUUAAAAGAAAAAAAUCCCAAUACAGUUGUAAUAAAGAAAUCAACACAUCUUGCUUUAAGAUUGGGCCAAUUAGGCAGCAACCUCCUCUCACCUUUUCACACUCCACCUUGCCCUUUCUAUAUUCCUUCUUAUGGGCAGAUCACUUGCUUGAUGUCACAGUUUUGCCUCAAUUUCAAGAAAACAAUGAUUUCCUUUCUUUGGUUAAUACUUCUAACACACAUCAGGUGGGUAAAUACAGCAGAUCUAGCAGAUGUUUCAACUUCAAAGGUCCUAAACAUAUUCAUAUUAGCCGGACAAAGCAACAUGUCCGGCCGAGGUGGUGUCAUUAACCAUGGCCAAAAUGGCCUGGCUAAUGAGACAUGGGAUGGUGUAAUUCCACCAGAAUGUCAAUCCAACUCAAACAUCCUCAGACUCAAUGCAGGACUUACAUGGGUUGAAGCUCAGGAACCACUUCACCAAGACAUAGAUUUGGGUAAAAUUUGUGGAGUUGGGCCAGGUAUGUCAUUUGCCAAUUCAGUUCUGAAGAGAGAUCCAAGUAUUGGAGUGAUUGGUUUGGUGCCUUGUGCUAUUGGAGGAACAAAUAUCAGCGAAUGGGCUCGCGGGGGUGUUCUGUAUAAUCAUAUGAUAAGGAGAACAGAAGCUGCUCUGCAAAGAGGUGGAAAACUUCAAGCUUUGUUGUGGUACCAAGGUGAGAGUGAUACAGAGACUCUUGAAGAUGCCAAAUUGUACAGAUUUAGACUGAAGAGAUUAUUCAAGAAUGUGCUCCGUGAUCUACAAUCACCUACAUUGCCUGUCAUUCAGGUGGCAUUGGCAUCAUCUAUUGGAUCUUAUAUGGAGCAGGUUAGAAAAGCUCAACUGAGUAUUAAUCUUCCAAAUGUGAGAACUGUUGAUGCCAAAGGGCUACCUUUAGGGAUGGAUUUUGUGCACAUUACAACACUAGCACAAGUCCAGCUUGGUCAAAUGCUGGCUGAUACCUUCCUUCAGACUCAACAGACUACUCAGGCAGUUCUUCUCCCUUUUCAGACAGAGACAGUGACUAGUAAUGCCCCGAUACGUUGCUCAAAUUUUGUUAUGAAUCUUCUACUUAGUCCGUUUAGGUAAUUCAGAGAUCGGAGAUUUAAUCAUGGCAUCGUGGGAUCAAGAUGGAACCCCGUCUAUAUGGUUCAUGGUUGCUUCAAUUCAUGCAAAAAGUAAAAAAACCAGAGAUUGGAACCGUACAAAAUCAACUAGUAGUUAACUAGAGUACAAAGUUUUCAUAGGAGGAUGAUACUCAAACCUCAGAGAAGGCCAGAAGGCAAAGGCAAAGAUUUAUUUUACGUUUCAUAAGCUCAAGUCUUAAUGUAUGUAAACCUCACUUGCACACAUAGUAUAUAAAGAUAUUUAUCAUAUAUUAUUAUAAGUGGGAAGGUUUUGAGUUCA